ACCAGUUGUUGCCGGCAACUUUGACCAAUCAAAAGAAGGGAAAAGGUGUUUCCCCAAAAUGGCGUCGUUAGUCGCUGAUUAUGAUUCUGACAGUGAUUCUGACAGUACUGGGAACGGAUGCAAUGUUCCUAUAAAUGUACAGACAAAACAGCAGACUUCAGAAGGAAUGGGACACAAUUAUUUGAUCUCCCAAGAUAGCGAUUCCAGUGAUUCAAGUAAAGAGGAUACAAAGGAUAUGAAAGAAGAGAAAGUGAAGGAAAAGCUUCCCAACCCAUUGCUUGACAAUCCAUCAAAUUCUCUGUUAGCUGCACAAAUCACAGAACCUAAAGAAGGGUCUGUUUUUUCUAAUCGGUUUGAAACUGCAGCUUUAGCAAAGCAGUCUAUUUUAGAAAAGCAUGUGAAGAUGACUGAAGCCCAAAUAUUGACUGGUAAGAAAGCAAAGAUAUGCAAGAAAUUUAAACAAGGCAGGUGUUUCUAUGGUAAAAACUGUCAGUACUCACAUGAUCUUGAUUCAAAUUUAUCCUUACGAUACAAACCAGACGAACAGGUAGAUGUGGGGGAAAAUUCAGAAUCAGGGCAUGUGAAAACAAAGUUUCAAAGACACAAUAACCGCUUUGCACCUCAACUACCUGCGCCACCUGUGCAGGGAUUUAUGGGUACACGAAACACUCUUGGUAUUUCCAGCCAGCCAUUGUACAGCCAUAGGCAGCAGCAGCAUUUCAGACAGCAGUCAAUGAUGGUCACAAAUGAGUGGCGGGACGAGGAAGAUGAUGACAGAUCUCAAACUGGGGAGAAAAGGAAGAAGAAAGUUGGGUUGUCACAGACUUUAGUCCCACCAAAGAGAGCGAUGUCUUCUUUGUCUAAACAAAGGAAAGAAGAAAGACCAUGGACUGUGAAGAAAUAGCUACUUAUGUGUAAACACAGGAUAUAAAAUUCUUCUCCCAACAUAUGAAUUUCUUUACUUCUGUUUUCAUGGGUUGCAGUCAAUGUUUGUAAUGUUGUAUUUUUAAUUAUUCAGUGCAACAUAAUUUUUAACCAGGUUUUCUGAAGGAAAAAACUGGUUAUUAGAUUGGCGAAUGUCGGCUGGCGGGCGGAACAAGCUUGUCCGGGCCAUAACUUUGUCGUUCAUUGUCAGAUUUUAAAAUCAUUUGGCACAUUUGUUCACCAUCAUUAGACGGUGUGUCGCGCGAAAGAAUUACAUCGAUAUCUCCAAGGUCAAGGUCACAAUUUGAGUUUGAAGGUCAAAAAUGGCCAUAAAUGAGCUUGUCCGGGCCAUUACUAUGUCAUUCAUUGUGACAUUUUAAAAUCAUUUGGCACAUUUGUUCACCAUUAUUUUAUGGUGUGUCGAGCGAAAAGAAUACGUCAAUAUCUCCAAGGUCGCCACAACUAAAAAUAAAUUGAUUUUGUAACUAUGAACAAUCAGUAACAAUGCACAUUUUGAUUUUGAGUUCUCUCUAUCAGACUUUUUAUGCCCCCGGUAGGGUGGCAUAUAGCAGUUGAACUGUCCGUCAGUAUGUGUGUUUGUCAGUCUGUCCGUCCGUCCGUCCGAAAAAAAAACUUUAUUGAAGAUAGAAACUUGAUAUUUGGCAUGCAUGUAUAUCUCAUGAAGCUGCACAUUUUGAGUGGUGGAAGUUCAAGGUCAAGGUCAACCUUCAAGGUCAAAGGUCAACAAAAAAAAAAAAUAAAAUAAAGUGGCGUUCUCAUGGAGCUGAACAUUUUGAGUGGUGGAAGUUCAAGGUCAAGGUCAUCCUUCAAGGUCAAAGGUAAAACAAAAAAAUAUGAAAAAAUUCAAAGCGGCGUUCUCAUGAAGCUGCACAUUUUGAGUGGUGAAAGUUAAAGGUCAAGGUCAUCCUUCAAGGUCAAAGGUCAAAAAACAAAUCAAAGCGGCGUUCUCAUGAAGCUGCACAUUUUGAGUGGUGGAAGUUCAAGAUCAAGGUCAUCCUUCAAGGUCAAAGGUAAAAAAUAAAAAACAUUAUAUUUCAAAGCGGCACAAUAGGGGGCAUUGUGUUGAAGAACGCAUCUCUUGUUUUUUCUAAUUGAAAUCAAGGUCAAUUUUACACAAGGGGUUAACAAUACACAUUUUGAAUUGUCUCCCUUUAUCAGACUUUUUUUCAACUGAAAACCUGGUUUUGUGACAAUUUUGUCCCUUGUUUAUUAUUGAUACACAUAAGGAAGAUGUUACAUGUAUUAUGAAUUAAGAGUAAUUUUUAAACAAUAGUUUGAAUUUGCUUUUGAAAAAAAGUUUCCACCAUGCAGAAAAACCAUACCAUAAAUAUAAUUUGUUCAUUAAGAAGAUUUAUUUCCAGAGACCAUUAAUAUUCUCAUACACACACCAAUUAUAAGAUAGAGAUUGUAGAGGUAAUACCCCGGUAAGUUCUGAUUUUCAUUUACUUAGUCUUAUCAACAAAAGGAUGGCAUAAAAUUGUUAAGAAGUGUAUAGAAAAAUAUUAAAAUGAGGUUAUUUUAAAAUAA